CCCAAUCUGCACAUUAGCGGUUCCAGAUAAAAGCCAUUGUAAUUCCAGUGCAACAUAUAAUAAGCUGCCAUCUCUUUGUUGACCAGUGGAACCAUUUCGUUGUUAGCCGGCUUCAUUAAUUUUACUCACGAAACCAUAACCAUGAGCAACGGAAAGCAUCUUGCGAAAGGCUCUACACCACCAGAGCUACCGAACGAUGGUAAACUGCGCCUGUACUCGAUGCGAUUCUGUCCCUAUGCUCAGCGCGUUCACUUAAUGUUGGACGCCAAGAAGAUUCCUUACCAUGCGAUCUACAUUAAUUUAUCCGAAAAGCCCGAAUGGUACCUAGAGAAGAAUCCGGUCGGCAAGGUACCGGCACUGGAGAUUCCCGGCAAGGAAGGCGUAACGCUCUUCGAAUCGUUGGUACUGUCGGACUACAUCGAGGAAGCGUACUCAGCGCAGCAGCGCAAACUCUACCCGUCGGAUCCAUUCCAGAAAGCUCAGGAUCGUAUUUUGAUCGAACGGUUCAACGGUGCCGUUAUUGCACCGUACUAUCGCAUCCUGUUCUCAACCGAUGGCAUUCCACCGGGUGCGAUCACCGAGUUCGGCGCCGGGCUAGACAUCUUCGAGAAAGAACUGAAGGCGCGGGGCACUCCGUACUUCGGUGGUGAUAAACCGGGCAUGAUCGAUUACAUGAUUUGGCCGUGGUGCGAGCGGGUCGAUCUGUUGAAGUUUGCCCUCGGUGAUAAGUAUGAGCUGGACAAGGAACGGUUCGGUCAGCUGCUACAAUGGCGAGACCUGAUGGAAAAAGAUGAAGCCGUUAAGCAAUCGUUUAUUUCCACCGAAGUCCACACGAAAUAUCUGCAGAGCCGUAAGAAUGGUGAAAAUAACUACGAUAUCCUGUCAAAUGAUGCCAAAAAACCACGUUUGGAAUAACACCCGACGACACAAAGGAGAUCGAUUGCAAUCGACGGAGAUGCAACCGUUGGAUGUUUGGAAUUCAUAUAAAACGAUCAUUUUAAGCUGUAUUUGACUGAGCAAGCUUACCAAUAAUGAUAUUUAAUCAAACUUCUUAUUCAAUGACAACAUA